UGCAAGCCGCACUGCCAUUCGCGGCAUAUGGCUGUCAAUCACUGGGUCCUGGACAUUAAUUACUCGCCAUCUCCCGGUGAUUUCCGAAAGAUCUCCGAUGGGGAGGAGGACUGUUUUGUUUACUAACAGUUCUCCUCCCUGUCAGCUCGGGCACACUGCUCUGGAUGACUAGCAGUGUGAUUACAGUGAAGCACACUGACACGGCCCCCUGGUAAAACACUCCUUGCACACAGUUAACCCUUUGAAUGCCCCUCAUGUUAACCCCUUUCUGCCCAGUGCCAUUAAUACAGUGUCAGUGCUUUUUUUUAGCACUGAUCACUGUAUUGGUGUCACUGGGGAUGUCAGUGACACCAACUCAGUUCCCCCCAGUGUCAGAAUGUCUGUCACAGUCCCGCUAUAAGUCGCUG